AUGGAUAGGCAUUUGCUGCUGUCUGGUCCUCUCCUGAUCCUUCCUCUGACUGCUGGCUGGAGUGCUUCCAACUGCCUGGUGACAGAAGGCUUCCGGCUGCCCCUGGUCUCCCCCUUCUUCCUGGUCUGCCCCUUGGACUCCAGGCUGGCCCUCCUUGCUCAUUGCAGCUCUGUGACCAACCUAACAAAGGCCUUGCAAGCUGUGCCUCAGAGUGUGGAGGGGCUCUGCCUCAUUGGUUCUAUUUCUGUUCUGCCCCAGAAUGCCUUCUCCACCUUGCUUGGGCUCAAGGUCCUGGGACUGAACCUGAAACUCACCCAACUUCUGCCAGGAGCUCUCCAGGGGUUGGGGCAGCUUCAGAGGCUCUCUUUCAUAUCUUUUCCUCCCAGAAAGGACUAUUACCUAUUUCUACCCUCUGAUGCCUUUAAUGACCUGAGAUCCCUCCAGCAACUCCAAUUCUUGGGCCCCUGCCUGGACAGGAACUCGAGUGUUCGAUUGCCUCCCAGUCUACAACAGCUGGCUGUCAAGCACAGUUGCCUUCAGGAUAUGGGAGAGCUGGCUGACAUCUUCCCAGAUUUGGUACAUCAUCCCCACUCUGGGAAUGCCUGGACCCUGAACAUGUUGGAUCUGUCAAUGAACAAGAAGCUGAAGAUGGCCAGACCUGGGGCCCUCUGGGGCCUCAAGGUAGGGUCACUGUACCUGAGCCACACAAAGAUGGAGGCAGCUGAAGUGGUGGGACUGGGGCUGCAGAAGCUCAGUGCUCUGUUCAUGGCAUUCACUGCCAUGGCUAAGCUCCCUGCUGAGACAGUUGCCCACUUUGAGCUCCAAGAGCUGAACUUGGAAAUGAAUAAGGUAAGGGACAUAGCUCUGGAAGCCCUGGCUUCCUGCCACAGCCUGAAGAGCUUGAAUCUUCAGUCUAAUGGCCUUACUAAGCUGCCACUGGGUUUCCUGGCAGCCAUGCCCAGGCUUCAGAGACUGAACUUGAACAAUAACCAACUACAGAGUGCCACACUGUGCACGAGUGAGACAGAGGCUGUGUCUGGACUGUGGACCCUUAAUCUGUCCAGGAAUCAGCUGCAUACCCUGCUCCCAGCCACCUUCUCCUGUCUGCCCAACCUGCAGGAGCUAUUUCUUCAGGGAAACCAGCUGAUUUUCUUGGAUAGACAGGUAUUCCAGGGCCUAGGGAGGCUAGAAAUCUUGGACUUGAGUAAGAAUCCACUGGUAGAGCUGAGUGAGGGCUGGUUGGCUUCUCUGCCUGCACUGACCACCCUCAAUCUGCUGGAAACCCACAUUUUGCUAAACCCAACCUGGGGCUUCUGGGGUCCAAAGAGUCCGAACAACCUGAGGCUACAGCUUCCCUCUGGCCCUGCUGGGAUGGUAUUGUCCCUGCCCACGAUGCUGACCAGCUUGGAGCUUCAUGCUGGCUCAGGCACGAAGCAUUGGAAGUUGCUGCCUAAUGUAUUUCCGGUCUUGCAGACCCCGACUUUAAAAGGCUGGGGACUGCAGCUGGAGACCCAGAACAUCUUCAAGAUUUUCCCUGCCCUUCAUCAACUCUUCCUGAUUGGCAGUAGUUUGGAGGCUUUCUGCUUCCAGAACACCUCCACGUUCUCGCUCUGGUUGCUCCCUAGGCUCCAGUCCCUGAGGGUACAGGGGGAUAGGCACAGCCCCAGGCCCUGCUAUAUCACAGGGCUGCCCAGCCUUCAGGAGCUGAAGCUGGAGGCACUGAAGUCCAAAUCCCAGCCCCAUCUGGUGAGGUUGGAGGAGCUGGUGGGUGAGCUGCCCAGGCUUCAGGUGCUGCAGCUGGUCAAUACAGGAUUGGAGACAUUGUCAGCUGCUGCUUUCCAGGGCCUCAGCAGUCUCCAGGUCUUAGUGCUAAACAUGGAGAAUGGCCUUGUCCUGGAUGACAGUCUGUGGGAACACAGUCCUCAGAUGCCCCAGUACAUGUACAUUCUGUCUUCAUCCUUGGCCUGCCAGUGUGCCAAUGCCUGGGUGGGAUUCUGGCUGAAGCAGUCCCCCAGAACAUACAUGUAUAUUUCAAGAAAUCAGCUGUGCCACUCGGAAGUGGGGAACCAAUCCAAGAAUCCCAUUUUCCCCUUUCUCUGGAGCCACUGUCCUGAGACUUUGGAGCUGGAAUUCUUUUUGGGCAGCUCUAUCUUGCUGUUUCUGCUGAUCUCCUUGGCCCUCCUCCAGGAAGCCAGUAACUCCUGGGUCCUCUAUCUCCAGGCCUUGUUCAGGGCUUGGUUCCAAGGUCUGAGGGGUCGAAGGGAUGAGGGCAAGAGGUUCCUCUAUGAUGUGUUUGUGUCCCAUUGCAGGCAAGACCAAGACUGAGUAGUGCAGGAACUGCUGCCCAUUCUGGAGGGCUGCCCUCCCGCUGGCCAGGGACUGCACCUCUGCCUCCCUGAGCGAGAUUUUGAGCCAGGCAAGGAUGUGGUCAAUAAUGUGGCAGACAGCAUAACAGGCAGCCGGGUAACACUCUGUGUACUGAGUCAUCAGGCCCUGCACACACCUCGCUGCCGCCUGGAGCUCCGCCUGGCCACCUCUCUCCUGCUGGCUGCCCCCCACCCCCCAGUGGUGCUGGUGGUCUUCCUGGAGCGCAUCUCCCGCCACCAGCUCCCCCACUACCAUAGACUGGCCUGGCUGCUCCGCUGAGGAGACUACUGCUUGUGGUCCAAGGAAGAUGAGAAGAAGAAUGGCUUCCGGGCUUGGCUGAGGAGCAGGCUGGGGAAGCUUGGGUUAGGUAGGGUAGGGGCGCGUGUAUUGGAAGGUGGGGGUAGGAAAAGCAGCCACACUGGCAGGGAGAGAAUGUGUGUGAGCUAGUUGUGAGGUUGGACUCAGUUUCCAGGAAGA